AUGAAGCUCGCCUCCCUUUUCGUCGCCUUGUCGUCGGCAUCCACGGUCUGGACAGCCACUGCGCCUGGUGGUGAAGACAUUAUCGUCGAUAUCACGCAUAAAGUGGCAUGCGACCGUAAAACGCGCAUCAACGACGUCAUCUCCAUGACCUACUCUCUCAGCCUGCUGGACGGGACCAAGAUCGAGUCAACCGCUCCCGGUGAGACGUUUACCUUUACGCUGGGUGUCGGGGAAGUGAUUGCCGGCUGGGACAUAGGCUUGCAGGACAUGUGUGUGGGCGAGAAGAGAAAACUCACAAUUCCGCCUGCGUUUGGUUACGGCCCGGAUGCCGUCGGGCCCAUUCCGGGCAACUCCACGCUUGUCUUUGACACCGAACUCAUCACCAUCAAGGGCGUGCCCAAACCGACCUAG